UUAAAACGUCAAAUUGUCAGUUUUCGAUGACAAACUAAUUAAGAAACUGCGAUUUUGUUUCAAUAUCAUAAUUACUAUUAUACACACUGUUAUGAGAUAAAAAAAAAAACACAAAAUGAAUCAAGCAAUCAACGUAGAACAACUGAACUCUGCAUUAACCUCACUUCGAACGGUCCGUUCGAGUGUGAGCCUUGUUUUCGAAACUCUUUCUAAUGGACUGCGAGCCGAUCACGGUGAAGAUGGCAAAGAUAAAUUUCUCAUUGAGUUGCAGGAACUUCUUAACAUCGUAAGCAACAAUCUCCGGGACCUGGAACAGACAGUCAACAGUCUGCCUAUUCCCGUACCAUUUAACCUCGGCAAUACAACAUAUUUAAGUCAAGAAACGACUCAAGAUCGUCAAGCAUUGUAUACUCAACUUGUAAACAGUUACAAAUGGACAGAUAAGAUCCACGAAUACAGUUCAUUUGCUCAUACAUUAUUAAGUCAGAAUUCAUUGAAACGAUCGUACAUAAAUUCGGGCGGCACGAAGCGUCGCGGUAAACUUCAGAGUAACCACAAUGUGGCACCGCUACAAGUAGAUAACGUCAUAAAUAACAUCGACAGAUCUUAUAAUGAUAUGAAAAUAACAAUAUCACGACCAUUUGCAAGUAAUGCUGUUGUUUCUAUCAAUUUAAGCCAUGUUUUAAAAGCGGUAGUUGCUUUUAAGGGAUUGCUAAUGGAAUGGGUGAUGGUUAAAGGAUAUGGUGAAACCUUAGACCUCUGGACUGAAUCCAGGCAUCAUGUCUUCAGAAAGGUGACUGACAGUGCCCAUGCGGCUAUGCUUCAUUUCUACUCUCCAACUAUGCCGGAGUUAGCGGUGCGAUCAUUUAUGACAUGGUUGCAUAGUUAUGUGAAUUUAUUUAGUGAACCAUGCAAGAGAUGUGGCUGCCACCUUCAUCACACAUCACUGCUGCCACCUGCAUGGCGUGACUUCCGCACCCUUGAACCGUUCCAUGAUGAAUGCAAACAAUAGUUAAUGUGGUAUUGAACAGGAAAGCUUUAACAAUUUUAAUGUUGCUGGUUUCCUGUUCAAUAUUAACAAUUGAAGACUAUAUUGAUAGUGAAUGUGGUAAAAACAUUGGAAGUGUUGAAAAUAUGACUUCAACAAAUAAGUGGUAGUUUAAGUAUUGUAGUUUAAUAUUAUUAUUAUUGUAAUUAAUUAUAGCAAUAGAUUCAUCUAUCCAAUUGUAUAUUAAAUGCUGGCUAAACAUUUUCAUUAAAUUAGUAUUAGACAGAAAUACAUUUGUCAUUUUAAGAGAUAAUAA